AUGGCUGCAUGUUUGUUUCCCGCUAUACUGAAUCUUGCCAGUAAUGCCGUUAUUACCACUAAUGCCACAUGUGGUGAAAUGGGACCAGAAAUGUUUUGUAAACUUGUAGAACAUGUGCCAGGGAGGCCAAUACGCAACCCUCAAUGUAGCAUCUGUGAUGAGAACAGUUCCAAUCCCAAAGAACGGCACCCGAUAACCAAUGCAAUCGAUGGCACUAAUGAUUGGUGGCAAAGUCCCAGUAUUCAGAAUGGCAGAAUAUAUCACUGGGUCACCAUAACACUGGAUUUAAGACAAAUCUUCCAAGUUGCAUACAUAAUAAUUAAAGCAGCAAAUUCCCCACGGCCAGGUAACUGGAUAUUAGAACGUUCUCAGGAUGGUGUUGAGUUCACGCCUUGGCAGUAUUAUGCAAUCAGUGACUACGAGUGCUUGAGUCGAUACAACGUGACACCAAGACUUGGGCCACCAACGUACAGAAGGGAUGAUGAAGUGAUUUGCACGUCAUUUUAUUCAAGACUUGUGCCACUGGAACAUGGAGAGCAGCCAUUCAUCACCUACUGUCUGAUAGUGAAGAGAGUUUGCGCGGUGUUUGGAGGUUUAGUAAAAUUUGAAGAAGGUAGCAGACAAAGGCUUUUCGAUAAAUCUUGCCAAUGCCAUCCUGAAAGCUCUGUUUCAGGCAUUUGUCGCCACGAGACUGGCAUAUGUGAAUGUAAACCAAAUGUGUUUGGAAAAAGAUGCGAUCAGUGCGUGCAUGGAUUCUACGGUUUGACGUCUGGCAUUGGAUGUCUCCCCUGUGAUUGUAACGAGUCAGGCUCCGUUUCAGAUGCUUGUAAUGAUGCCGGGCAGUGCACCUGCGUACCUGGAGUAGCUGGACUCGAGUGUGAUGUUUGUGCCCAUGGAUUUUAUGCAUACCAGGAUGGCGGCUGCACUCCUUGUGACUGUACACACACCCAGAAUAACUGUGAUCCUGAGUCUGGAGAGUGCAUCUGCCCUCCUCAUACGCAUGGACCCAAGUGUGAAUUCUGUGACACCAACUACUGGGGUCAUGAUCCAGAACUUGGAUGUCUGGAAUGUAACUGCAGCAAAGAUGGGUCCAACAGCCUCCAGUGUGACCUUUCAACUGGCCAGUGCCAUUGCAGAAAGGAAUUUGGUGGACAGAGCUGCAGCGCCUGCCUGUUUGGAUAUAGGAAAUAUCCCGAGUGCGUUUCUUGUGACUGUGAUCCCGAAGGCACGCAGUCUGCAUGGUGUGAUGAUGAACGGAAGGUGUGCAGCUGCGUGGAAGAGACCGGCGAAUGUGCUUGUAAGAUUUUGGCCUACGGUGGAAUGCUGUCAUAUGUCAUUACUUAUUAUGCUCUGGGAGAUUCUGGUUCCUCUGAUUUUGAGCCCCAGAUUUUAAUGAAAGGUGGGAGCGCCAGCAAACUGAUUAUAUCUAUGUACACCCCUGCUCCUGGAAACGCGGUGAGAGCAGAGAUUCAAGCCAGCAUGACAGAGAAUAACUGGAGGUAUUUUGAUUCUGAACAGACUGUAACAAGAUCAGAUUUCAUGUAUGUUUUAAACAACAUUGAUUACAUUCUAAUCAAAGCAUCUUAUGGAUAUGGAUUACAACAAAGCAGGAUCUCUAAUAUAUCAAUGGAGAUUGCGGUGGAGGCAUCAGACAUGCAUUCUGGCCGAGAAGCUGCUCAUCUCAUUGAGGUCUGCGAGUGCCCCCCUGGUUAUAGAGGACUUUCAUGUCAGGAGUGUGCACCUGGAUACUAUAGAGAGAAGCUCUCAGAAAUCAGUAUCUUAGGGUUACGUUUCCAAAACCCUCCCUGUGUCCCCUGUCAGUGCAGCAACCACAGCGAGAUCUGUGAUCCAGAUACUGGCAGAUGCAUGGACUGCCAGGAUAAUACAGCUGGUGACCACUGCCAUCUAUGUGCUCCUGGCUACUAUGGGAAAGUAACUGGGUCAAUUGCAGAUUGCUCAUUGUGUGCUUGUCCCAAGGGCAACAGCCAGAGUUUUAGCCCCACGUGCGUCCUAGAAGGUAUUAAUGAUUUCCGUUGUGAUGCCUGUCUACCUGGAUAUGAAGGGCGAUACUGUGAAAGGUGUUCUCUUGGCUACUACGGAAAUCCAAAUGAGCCUGAUGGCUUCUGCCAGAAAUGUGACUGCAACCCAAGCGGCUCAUUGAAUAAUGAAUGUGAUCGGCUAACCGGCCAGUGCAUUUGCAAAACAGGAGUAACUGGCCGUCUUUGUGAUACUUGUGAAUUAAGACACAUUCUUUUGGAAGAAGAAUGUAUAUCUUGUGAUGAUGAUUGCACUGGAACAUUACUUGAUGAUUUGGAUAGUUUGCACCAGGCCAUCUUCUCUUUUAAUAUGACCGGUAUUGGUAGACCACCUCAUCAAACUCUAUUCAACUUGGAAAAUGUGACAAAGCACUUUAAGGAGUCUGUGCCAAUAAGAGUCAGCCCAAUAAUAUCCCUGGACAAGACAAUGGAGCAGCUCAGUUCUUUGUCUAAAGACACCCUCCAACUUGAGCAGCACAUGGAGCAGGUGAUAGGUGAUGGAGAAGCACUGAACAAUGCCACCAUCAGAACUCUGAAUAAGACUCAAGAGUUAAUCGGCUUUAUUGACAAAAUGCAAACGACUAUUCAAGUAUUGGUGGAAGUGGUCGAAAGCCUAAAUGAGACGAGCAUUGAUACACAGCUCUCUGACAAUUUGCAAUUAAAUUAUGAGGAUGAUGUCUCCUUAAUGCUCAGUUCUAUGAGGUCGAAAUAUUUUAAUGAUCAAAGUCAAGAUGCUACCAAAACCCUCAAAGUAUCAGAAGGCUAUCUACACAGAGUUGAGAAAGAAUAUGAGAAGCCACACCAAGAUUUAACAAAGUUAAAAAAUAGUCUUGAAAAUGCCCUCGCACAACGUAACAACAAACUACUGGCAGCGGAGGAUUUGCUGUAUGUGGCAUCUGCAAACACCAACAACACCAACGAUCUGCUGGUCAUUAUACAAAGAAAUCUGGCUGAUUUGAGGACAAAAAAACACGACCUUCAGGAAAAUAAGAACCGUUCUGUGUUGUUGAUUGAGGAAGGUCUUGGGCUGGUGGAUGAUGCAGUUUUGCUUGCAGAGGACACCAUUAAUGCUACAUCUGUUUUGGAGACCCACCAAGAGGAGCUUCUUCUUUGGAAUUCUAAACUGAGACACCAUGUAGAUCGUCUGGUAAUGCAGAUGGCCAAAAGAGACGCACUUGACAUGGUCUAUAAGGCAGAAGAUUAUGCAGCUGAACUACACAAACUUUCUGCUUCUCUAAAUAGUUCUCUUUUAGAUGUAAGGAAUGCCUCUUUGAAUGCCACCAGUGCGAUCCACUCUCACACAGAUAUCAAAAAUAUGAUUGAGCAAUCAGAGGUUCUUGCAGAACAGUGUACCCACACAGUUACAGGAGUCCUGGCAAUGGUUUCAGGGGCAAAUGGAUCUUUACAAGUUGCACCAAAAAAUUCUAUGAAGUUCAGCACACAACUUCUGAAUGAGGCCAAAAAUUUAAGUCUUAGCACGGAAGGUCUUGUGUCUGAUUUGAACGAUCUGAAAACAAAAGCAGAUACAAUACAAAAACGCACUCAUGCAUUUACACGUCAAAUAAGUGAACAGCUUCUGGCUCUGAGAAAUUUACCAAAUGAUACCAGUGAGAAACUACAAGAUGCUAAAGAGCUUGCCUUGUCUGCCAAUGUCAGUGCAGCUGGCACUUUAAACCAUAUCACGAACUUCAACCAAAAGGUGUUAACUGCGUCCUCUGCGCUGUCCAAAGUCAAUGACACGCUGCGGAAAACCAACGAGCUUCUAGCGGACUCAUCCAAGACGGCGGUAACAGCGGAAAGCAGAAUUAAAGAAGUGGAAACACAGGCCAACAUUUUAUUGGAUAGACUGAAACCCUUGAAAUUGCUUGAGGAAAACCUAAGCAGAAAUCUAUCUGAAAUUAAAGAGCUUAUUAGUCAGGCCCGUAAACAGGCCGCAUCGAUUAAAGUGGCUGUUUCAGCCGACAGAGAUUGUGUACGCUCUUACCACCCAGAGCUCUAUUCUACACAUUUCAGCACUCUAACUCUUAAUGUUAAGACCGGCGAGCCGGACAACCUGCUUUUCUACCUGGGCAGCAGCACGAAAGCUGACUUCAUGGCGGUAGAAAUGCUGAAAGGCAAGGUUUCCUUCCUUUGGGACCUGGGCGCAGGAUCUGUAAGGCUCGAAGAACCUGAUAUCCAGAUAAACAAUAACAAGUGGCAUAAAAUACACGCAACAAGGUUUGGUAAAUCAGGUUCAUUGACUGUGGAAGAAAUUGGCACUUCUCAGAAGCCCACAGCCAAAAUGUCAUCUUCACCUGGUACAUCAUCCAUACUCCACAUCGAUAACUCAACAUUGAUGUUUGUUGGGGGAAUAGGAGGACAAUUACAGAAAUCAACAGCAGUCAAGACCACAGAUUUUAAAGGUUGCAUGGGCGAGGCGUUCCUUAAUGGGCACUCCAUUGGUUUAUGGAACUAUGUUGAGAGAGAGGGCAAAUGUGGUGGAUGCUAUGGAAGCCCACGAGAAGAAGAAACUGCUUUCCAUUUUGACGGCAGUGGAUAUUCUAUUGUAGAGAAGACGCUUCGUUCCACUUCAUCUCAGAUAGUUAUCCAUUUCCGAACAUUCGCUCCAAAUGGCCUUCUUUUGUAUCUUGCUUCCAAUGGAACACGAGAUUAUUUAUCUAUGGAAAUGGUGGACGGUAAACUGAGAGUAUCUGUCGAAUUGGGAUCAGGACCUCUGAUACUGAUGACAGAUGGACGCUAUAAUGAUGGAGCAUGGCAUAAAGUAGCCUUCCAGCGCAACAGGAAGCAAGGUAUACUGGCUGUGAUGGAUUCCUACAACUCAACCCAGAGAGAAACCAAGCAAGGAGAAGCUCCAGGCGUUGCUUCAGACCUUAACCGGUCAGAUAAGGAUCCUAUUUAUAUUGGUGGACUUCCCAGAUCCAGGAGUGUUAGAAAACAGCUUAGCAGCAGGUCCUAUGUGGGCUGUAUAAAGAACUUGGAGAUUUCCCGCUCAAAUUUUGACUUGGUAAGAAAUGCCUAUGGUGUAAGAAAAGGCUGUAAACUGGAGCCAACUCGUAGCAUUACCGUUUUAAAAGAUGGCUACGUGGAAAUGCAGCCAGUAUCAUUGGCAGCAGAAUCAGAGCUAAUGGUAUCGUUCUCCACACUCAAUGAAUCUGGAAUUAUCGUGGCUGGAUUUGGCAAGGGAGCGGAAAAACUCAGUCGCAGGCAAGCUCUCUUGCCAUUCUUUGCUAUAAUGCUGGUGAAUGGACAUAUUGAAUUCCAUAUCAACCCUGUGGAUGGUGCCAGCACAAGAAAGGUCAUCAUCAAAUCUCCUACUGGAACCUUUAGUGAUGGACAAGAACACUCUAUUAUUGUCAUCCGGAACAAGAGACUUGUGAAUGUACAAGUGGAUGAAGGAAAACCUUCCGAGGUGAAGAUGAACGGACCAUCUGUCGAUUCCAUCUCUAUAAAUGCUUCCAAUUUUUAUGUCGGUGGCGUCCCUGGUAAAAUGGGUACAGCCCCCCUCAAAACAAGCCAGUCUUUCUACGGAUGUAUACGCAAUCUGGUUGUAAAUAUGGAGCAGAUGGAUUUCACCAAUGUCCUGAAAUAUGAGGGGGUUCAUAUGGAUAGCUGCAUGCUGUCAGAGAAGCCUAAAUCCAUUGCCCAGCUGGAAGUGGAAGUUCUGCCGACUGCAACGCCUGCUCAGCCUGUCACAGAGAGAAAAUUAACUACCCCCAUACAGAAAUCAUUUGUAACUAAGCCAUUGCAGUGUGCACUGGAGAUGAAGCCGGACCAUGUGUCAGAUGCUCACCAGUUUGGCCUCACUCAGGGAAGCCACAUUGUACUGCCUUUUGACCAAUCAGCUGUCAGAAGAAAACUCUCUGUACAGAUAACUCUCAGGACAUAUGCCACCAGUGGUCUUAUUUACUAUAUGGCUCACCAGAACCAGAUGGAUUAUGCUGCACUUCAACUUCAUGAAGGGAAACUUUAUUUCUUAUUUGAUAUGGGAAAAGGACGGACUCAGGCUUUCCAUACGGCUGUUAUUAAUGAUGGAAAGUGGCACACAGUAAUAACAGAAUAUUAUAAAAGAAAAGGUACGAUUACUAUUGAUGGUCAGGAAUCAGCAUCAGUUAGUGCUCCAGGGGACAGCAAUACUUUGGAUGUGGAAGGGAAGCUUUAUCUUGGUGGGCUUCCACUAGACUAUACAGCGAAGAGCAUUGGGAAUAUCACACACAGUGUCCCAGCAUGCAUUGGCAAAGUUGCCAUUAAUAACAAACAACUGGAUAAGGAGAGCGCUAUCUCCAUACACGCAGUAAAUAAGUGCUACGCAUCCGUCCAAGAGGGAACUUACUUUGAUGGAACUGGAUUUGCUGCCCUUGUUAAAGAGGGGUACAAAGUCCGCUCAGACGUAAACGUGUCUCUCGAGUUCCGCACUACACAGAUGAACGGUGUUCUUCUUGGAAUUAGCAGCGCAAAAGUUGAUGCCAUUGGCCUGGAAAUCAUACAUGGCAAGGUUUUGUUCCAUGUUAAUAAUGGUGCCGGCAGAAUAACAGCAGUCUACAAGCCAGAGAGCCCCAGCUCUUUAUGUGAUGGCAAGUGGCAUAAGCUUCAGGCCAGUAAAAUUAAACAUCGCAUUGUCCUUACGGUGGAUGGAAAUGUUGUGAAUGCAGAGAGCCCACAUGUCCAGUCAACCUCUGCAGACACUAACAAUCCGAUUUAUGUUGGAGGCUAUCCGGCUGAUGUGAAGCAAAACUGCUUGACCAGCCAGACCUCAUUCCACGGAUGCAUACGCAACAUGAAACUGGUGAAGGGCACGCAGACCGAAGCCAGUGAUUUCAGCAAAGCCUUUGAAAUGCGCGGAGUCUUUCCUCAUUCCUGUCCUGGAACAGAACAAUAA